GAGAGACCGAGAGACGGGGCUCUAGCCUCUGCACCGUCUGCGACCACCGGGAGCAAAACCGGAAUAACCACCGACCAGCAGCAAGAUUUACCGCCGAGAACCCACCGAUUCCCGCCGGACAUUCAGCGGGAGAGAGGGCGGCGGGAGAGGGGGGGUUGGCGGACCAGGAGCCUGCCUGUCUGUCCGCUUGCAGACGGUGAAACAAAGCGGGGAGAAGCUGCUGCCAGCGCCGCUUUCAAACGGCGAUUAAACACUGAGUCAUGGCUCCGGAUUCACUGCGGCUUCAAACCAGCUACGAUUCAACGAAAAUCUGAACGUGACGUUCAAUUUCACGCGCAGAUCCGGACUGAAGACAUGACGGUGUGAAGGUCCAGAUGUUGGCCUGCUGAUGAUGCUCCAUGUUCUGACACUGUCCUGAUGUCCUCACACGGUCUGUCCUCCACCUGACAGUCUGAACCCAGGGUCGUAACGACGACAGGAAACACAUGCUGGGACAUAAACAGGGUCUGAGGAGGACAUUCAAAGACAUAAAUAAAGCCUCUGGGGGACAUAGAGAAGACACUGAGGGACAGAACAGGACGUUAUAAGUUUGAAUGUGAAGACGACUGAGGGGACGACAUGACAUCCCUGAAGUGGACCUGUCUCCCUGUCUCGUCGGUCCCAGUCCUAGUCCUGCUCCAGGCCCUGGUCCUAACAGGCUCUGUGUCGGCGGCUCGCUCUGACAGGAACAUGGUGUCGGAGGAGUAUGUUGGCGCCACGGUGAACGCCACGGUGCUGGACGGACGAGGAAACACCGUCCACACGAUGAGCAGCGACGACGGGACGUACGGACAGAACUCACCAAAAGUGGACACCAGGGGCAUCGUCAUUGCACCUGCACCACAUCAUGGAGUGGUGGACCGGCAGGGCUGCGACCCCAACACUCGUUUCCUGGUCCCCCCGCGGAAUGUCCACUGGGUGGCGCUGCUGCAGAGAGGGAACUGCACCUUUAAAGAGAAGAUCCUGAAGGCGGCAGCGUACAAUGCCACGGCUGUCCUCAUCUACAACAACUCCACUGACAAGACGGUCAAGAUGGGACACGAAGGUACUGGUGACACGGUGGCAGUGAUGAUCACGGAGGUGUAUGGUAAAGAGAUUCUGGCUCACCUGGAGAGAAACCUCACGGUCCUGGUCUCAUUGGUUGUGGGUCAACGUGGUCCCACUAAAAACAUCAACCGAGGCUCGCUGGUCUUUGUCUCCAUCUCCUUCAUCGUCCUCAUGAUCAUCUCGUCGGCCUGGCUCAUCUUCUACUUCAUCCAGAAGAUCCGCUACACCAGUGCCAGGGACCGCAGUCAGCGUCGUCUCGGUGACGCGGCAAAGAAAGCCAUCGGGAAGUUGACGACGAGGACAGUGAAGAAAGGGGACAAGGAAACGGAUCCGGACUUUAAUCACUGUGCAGUGUGUAUUGAAGCGUACCAGCUAAAUGAUGUGGUCCGGAUUCUGCCCUGCAAACAUGUCUUCCAUAAAGUGUGUGUGGACCCAUGGCUGAAUGAGCACUGCACCUGCCCCAUGUGUAAACUCAACAUCCUCAAAGCUCUCGGCAUCAUGACCAGUCUUCCCUGUGUGGACAGUGUGGUGUUGGAUGUGGAGCGUCUGGGUGUCAGUCAGGCAUCUGGCAGCCAGAGGGCGCCACUGGGCGACAGCAACCAGCCGUCCAUCAGCCUGGAGCCGCUCAGCCCCCCCCACCCUGAGGCCACGCCCAGAACACCGGCUGACAUCACCAUCGCCGUGACCAGCGGCGGUCACUUCUUCAACAGGAACUCCAUGUCUCCUCGCAGCGUCGUUUGUGAGAUGGAGCUGCCGGACAUUCAAGCCUCGCUGGACCUCUACGAUGACAACAAGUCCUGAGGACUGUCGUCAUGGUCACAGCCCCCCACCACCACUACCACCUCUCCACCUGCUGAUGGAGGGAGGAAGUGUUUUCUUUUGGGGCGGUAAUGGCAACCUGAAUGGACUAGUGAGCAGUGAUAUCAUUGGACUUUCUUCAGACUGAACAUGGUCUCUGGAGUCUGGAUCCUGGUCUGGAUCCUGGUCUCAGUUUAGAUUCAUUUGCUCAACACUCAUUUUUUUAUUUUCCCCAGAAGCAAAACUGGAGAUACUGGAGCUGGUCGUCGGAUCAAAUCCUUAAAAAGACGUUUUCCAACAAAAAAUCCAGAGAACUGAAUUCAGCCCAGGAACCAGAACUUGAACUAGGUUCCUGUGGCAGAACUAGGGGUGAUGCUGUCGUUGAGUUCCUAAAAAGGUUCCUGGGUCCCUGAAAAACUUCCAGAGUUCAUUAAAGGCUUCUGAACAAAGUUCCUGGGUUCCUAAACAGUUUUUCCAAAAUUCCCUGGAUUUUAAAGAGGUUCCAGAGCUCCUUGAAAUUCCCAGGUUUCUGGAAAAGUUCCAGAGAUCGUAAAGAUGGUUACUGGUAAAGUGUGUGAGUUCCUAAAGAUUUUUUUGAUUUCCUUAAUGGUUUCCUGGAAAAGUCCCCAAGCUUCUAAGAAGGUUCCUUGGGUUCUUUGAAAACUUUCUGAGUGGCUAAUAUGUACCUGGAAAACUUCUUCAGAUCCUGACAAUGUUCCUGGAAAUGUUUCUGAGUGCCUAAAAAGGUCCUUGGGUAUGGAAAAAAGUUUCUGAGUUCUUAAAGUGGUUCCUGGAAAAGUUCCUCAGCCCCUAAAAUCGUUCUUGGGUUCAUUGAAGCGGUUCAUAGAAUUUCCUAAAGAGGUUCUUGGGCUCUUAGGAAAUUUCCAAGUUCCUAAAACCUUUCCUGGAGAAGUUCCUGAGUGUCUAAAAAGGUUCACAGAAAGGUUCUUGAAGUCUAAAAGGGUUCCUGUGUUCUUGGAAAAGCUUCCAAGCUCCUAGAAAGGGUCCCCAGGACUUCCUACAUGGGUCCCUGAAACAGUUCCUGAAGUUUUGAAAUGUUUGUUGUGUUCCUGGAGAAUACCUCGAGUAUCCCUCACCCAAACCUAAAUGGACCUGACAGCAGUUGGACCAGAAUCAGAGCAGACCCAAAGAACCUGAACCCAAGUUCCUGUCAGUGUUCCCUGUAACCUGGCCUCCUGUUUGGCUGACUGAUGAUUACAUCACUGACACUUGUGGACUCCAGUUUGAAUCUGGACCUGGAUUAUAACUCAUCUGUAAAUACUGACAGAGCUGUUUAUAAUCAGACUGGAACCAUAACCAUUAGAGGACCUGGACCUGGACCUGGACUCUGAUCCUCUGGAAACAAUCAUGUGACCUUUAACAGUGUUACACCCCCCACCCUGACACCAUAGCAGAAACAUGUUUCUCUGUAGAACAAAGAGUCAUUAGAUUUAAAGGAACAGUCCAACAUUUCAGGGGACCUCCUGUUCUCUGUUCAGUACUGUGGAGUUCCUCAGGGAACUGUCCUGGAUCCUCUGAGUCCAGAUUUAAAGGAACAUUUACGAAACCAGAUUCAGUUGAACACAUGAAUUUUAGGUACAUUGGAGACAGGUCCAGGAUGUGGUUAGCCUAGCUUAGCACAAAGACUGGAAGCAGGGGGGAGCUGUUAGCUUAGCUCCAUCAAAAGAACAGCAACUUCAAGUCUGUCUGCUUUUUACCUUACCAAGUAGUCAGCUGUGUUCAGCCGACAGGUGAGUCAACACAGGUGAGUCAACACAUCUGCAGGCAUCACAUCUGGGACCCACAGGUCUGAGACCCAGGUCACUUUUAAAACCUGGUCCAAAGUCAAACCUGUGUCUAGUCUUGUUUCCUCGUCUGUAUGAACAUGACUUGACUGAUGGAGAUAAACAGCUGAUGGAGCAGAUUCUCCAGUCGCUGCCAUUAAACCACAAAAGAAGAAGAGGUGAUAGUUUUCUGAAUCUCUGACAUGUUCAGACAUUUUAUCUUCAGUUACUGAGACAGAAACAGAGAAAACUGAAAAUAUUUUGACUUGAAGUUGACAUAAACAAUUAAUCAAUUAUCAAAAUAGUUGUCAAUUUCUGUCAGUUGAUCAAUCAGCUGACCUGCGCAGCUCAGUUUUACAUUAGCGGGUUCAGGUGGUGGACAACAAACCUGUCGGUUUUCUAUUGGUUCAAAUGAGGGUCAAAAAGAUUUAGAGCUUGUAAGUGAAAUAAUUCUAAAGUGUAUUGCUGUAAAUCGCCCUGUAAAAUAAAUAAGUCAGGACACGUGUAGAAAAGAGUUGUACUGUGUGGCCUGUGUUAAUAAAGUUUGAAGGGAUGACAUCAGUGGUGAGGUCACAAGCAGAAACUGCUUGAGAUCUGUUUGUUUGAUUUACAGCUGCAAACUGUGUUCAUCACUUUAUGAGCUCAAAGUCUUUUUUAUCCUAAUUUGAUCCCAUAGUUUUUUAUCUUUAUCAGGUUAACCCAUAUAACAUUUAAACCAGGAAAUAUACUGUAUAUAGUUUAUAUAGUAUCUGGUUUAACAUUAAUUCAAUGAUCAAUCAUCACAAUAAACAUCAGUAAAAUCAGAUUGACUCAGCUUGUCAAGUCAUCAGUUUUUAUUUGUAUAGUGCCAAUUCACAACAUAAGUUAUCUCAAGGCACUUUCCAAAUAGAGCAGGUCUAGACCUUCUCUUUAUAAUAUUAUUUACAGAAACCCAACAAUUCCCACCAAGAGCAGCACUAGGCAACAGUAGCAAGGACAGCCAGAGGCAGAAACCUCGGGCAGAACCGGACUCAGGGU